CCAGUUGUGGCAAAGGCCGAUGACCUCGAGAAAGGCAUCCUUUAUCUGCCAAUCGCUAUUUCAGCAGCAUUGUUGUUUAUAGUGAUGAUCAUCCUCACCGUGGUUUUCAUACUGCUACGAAAAAACCAUCAAGAAAUGGGUACUUGGAUUUUGUUUUCUUUUUUCUUUAAAUUAAACUUGACUUUUAGUCAUCUCUAUUAUCAAGGCAAUCUAGGGGCAGGCUUGAUCAACAUAUCAUUCAGUAAUAAUUAAGCAAUAGUUUUUUAAAAAAGCGAUAAAACUUUUAAGUCUGUAAGACAUGUUUCGACAGAAACUUCUGUCAUCUUCAGUUAACUAAUAUACAAAGGGUUGGAAAUUGAAUUGGUAAUACAUGUUUCUUUAAAUUAGUUACUUGCCUGCUAAUAUCAAGACCCUUUUUAAACAAUAUUCUAGUUCUAGAUAUAUAAAUAUAUGUAAUUGGUAAGUAAGCCAAAUCUAAGAGUAGUGAGUAAAGGUGAAAAAAAAUAAUAAAAACAACAAUGAUGAAAAGCAAAAAAAAGAAAGAAAAAAAGAAGAGAAACGAAAAACUGAGUUGUAGCGAAGAAAUAAAUUACAACCUCUUGCUCUAAAGUGUCCUGGACAUACAAUGCUAUGCUGGCUUGUAAGACCGACUGGUUCUGGAAAAAUCAUACCUAAAGGAUCAUGAAAUCACGCAACGACAAAUCCGAGUAAAGUAAAGGUAUUAAAUGACGUGCCCAAAGGAAAUAGUUGGUCACAUUACCAAUAGGCUGCGCGACUACCUCUUAGCUGGGUAAGUUGUUAAUGUGUCACCCGAGAUACCGAGUACAUUUAUGUGUUUUUACUUAAAUGCUGCCGGACGAACCGACAAAUCCGAAGUCUGGCGCCAAUUUUUUUCCUUCUUUUUUUUUUUUUCUUUUUUCCAACAACCUAAGUUGAACCCUUUUGAAGAAAACAAAAGUCAUUUAUUUCUGUGUUUACUGCUAACGGUGGUGCUUUAUUUUAUCCGCUAGCCUCAAGAAAAAAAGCUGUCAAAAUGUAAGUUACUUCAAUCUGUGUCACUUUUAUUCGACAUUUAUUCAGCCUGGAGCACAUGUAAAUCAAGGCCGAGUUUGUCCCUUAAACAAUACAUAAAAAUUAAUGAUUCGUAAGGAAUACAUUUUCUCUGUGGCAUCCAUUUCAACUAUUCACUUGGUUUGUUUUCGAAGUGUAACAAAGAGUUUUCGGCUGUUUUGGGAGGGUAGAACACUUACCCAGAAAUGCAGAGACAGGUGGCUCUAUGCUUUAAAAAGUGACAAAAGCCAGACAGCUAAUGCAGCUGUAGUUGCAUAAAAGCCAGUGGACAAGAGCCUAAAUAAUUUUUUUCGAUAGGCUGAAACUAGGUUUUUAUGCCCAUCGAUGCAGAGAUCGUCAUUCCUAUUCCAGAGUGGAUUUGGCGAUUUCUCGAAGGCGAUCCACUGUCACUAGAGCACAAGGCAUCCAAGCUGUCUAUUAGAGAACAAUAUUAUAAUGCUUUAAAUGGCUCUGCUCUGAACUCUGUAGAUUUUCUAAGCUGAGUAGAAAUCAUAUUUAUGAAUCUUCACCAAAUAAAUGUGGGGUGCUGGUCGUUGUUAGUUGUUAAAACUUGUCAAAGUUUUUUGCAUUCUUGUUGCCAGUCAGUCUUAUUGCAUUUUCAAAGAUCAUUAAUAAUAAACCUGGACCUUUUCUCUCUUUUCUUUUUGUGUGUUCAUUUCUUUUCGCUCUUUAUACAGGAAUCAACGUGACUUUCAAGAGAGUUUGCCAUUAAAUGUUUUGAAUGUUGGUGCCCGGCUAGAGUUUGCUUCGGGAAAUGGAACCGGGAUUGAGAGGUUCCAUAGGGAACCGCUAGUCCAACAGGAGGGUGUAUACACCGAACUGCUUCCGGAGUCAAUGAUGGUAAUUAUACUUAUAACUAAAUUAAAGCUAACCAAUAUGAGCCUCAUAAAAAAGGGAAAUAAAGGAUGUGCGAUACUUCCUUUUUUUUACUUUUUAGCUGUUCCUCUUUGCUCUUUGCAUGUGCCCCUUUCCCUGCACCUAUAUUGCUACUCUGACGCACCUUGACUGUGGUCUUUUAACAUAAAACUUUCCAUAUUACAUAAGUUUGAUUGUUUUAUCCAUUUACCAUUAUUAUUUAUCCAAUUUUAUUCAUCCGUUUAUGUCCUUAUUUUCCUUUAUAUCUAUCUCAAACAUCACUUGUUUGAUUAAGACCAUUUUAGGAAUGCCGAGCAAAGAGAUCUCAUUUGGAAAAAAAGGCAAUAAAUUUUAAGCGCAGUAUCUAACAAAACUUUCACUAGAGAUGUAUUUUAAUGAAUGUCUCAUUUACGCUUGGCAGCGUUUAUGGUUCGUUAAUUUUUUUUUUUUUUUUAAUUUGCAUUUGCGAUUUUAGUCGUGUUUUCCAGCAUUACCAAGCCUGCCAAGUCGAUCAUGACAUAAUGUUUUUAACAAAUAAAAUUGAAUGUUUUGCAGACCUCUGAAAACGAUGGUUCCCGAACGUACACUUCCCUUGUGAAAUCAACAGAAGACAGCGACAUUGAAUAUAUGAAUCAAUUACUUGCUUCUGAGUAUGUUAAUGUUUAA